GUGUGCCUGAUGUAUAGCAGAUACCCAAUUUAUAACUGACAGUGAGCAUGAGGUGUAUGAACACACCAUGUGUGUCUGGUGUAUAAGAAAACCAUGCUGUAGCUGGACAGUGAGCAUGAGUGUAUGUAAACAAUCGCUUCAAAACUUUUCUGUAUCUGACAAGAAUUGAAAACAAAAUAUCCUAGAUUCAAAACACAGAUAUUUUGUACUGAAGUAUUGACAAGUUAUAAAGAUGUCGUCGAUUGCUGCGUCAGGCAGUGAAGUCCCUUUGUCUUUUUCGGGCACAAAAGUUAUCCACGAAAUGAGCGAUAUUGAUAUUCAAGUCCAGGCCCAGGAGCACAUAUACCGCCUUACACUGCACAAAGAGAAAGCAAAAGCAGGUCGACAUGCAUUGGAAGAAGUUGGACGUUCGUUAAACGCAAUAGCUCAACGAAGACGACAAUACUUCCUCGAUUACAAAACUUGUAACAGCGUGAGAUUGGUGCGGCAGUGGUACGCCUGGGAGACAAAGCGAAACCUUGAAACUAACGUCGCUGAGCCUCGAACUGAAAACGCAGCGACAAGAGGAGUGAAAAUGUUUCUGCACAGGAUUGAUUUUUAUGGCACUUUACUUUCGCGUUUUGUGGAAUAUGUUCUACAACCUUUAGAAGUCCAGUUUCGCACAACAAGAGCAGUCAACAACGACCUGGAACGAGUUAAAUUUCAAAUGAAGCAAUUGAAGAAAAAGUGCGAAAUGCUUCUGAGUGAUAAUACUGAGAUAUUACUGGAAAACGUGAACCACACUGACGCUGAAAAGCGAUUUCCCGUCAUCUCUGUUUUACCGCGCGUCCAUGACCUCCUGACCAAAAUGGUGACCCGGUCAUUUCAAUGGCGUUUACAUGCUAGAUUUGAACAACAAUUUGAAAAUAUUGCUAACAAGAGAGCACACACUGAAACGGAGAGAGAUUUAGGAGAAAAGUUAAAACUGUUAAGGGACCUGGAUCGGCAAAUAAGGAAAACUCGUAGAAGUUAUGAACUUAUUGAUGAAGAAAUAGCAGCUCGUAAACAAGCAAUGUCUUCAAGUCAUUUCCGUGAUAUGUAUGCUGAAUGUAUGGAGAGAAUAGAUGCAGUGACCAUAUCCUAUGAACAGUGUAAAGCAAGCAUUGAUGCUCAUGAUACAACUAUUAAAACGGUCCAGCAAAGCUUAGGAAAAUAUAAAAUAGUUGGUCCCAAGCGAAGGCACAAACUUGAAUCUUCUAUCUUAAGAAGGACAAGAAAAUCUGAAGAAUUGACAAAAAUUAAAGCUGAACUGGAUAGGCUAGAGCAACAUAAGUCACGCUUGGAUGAAGAAGAAGUCACAUGGUUGCGCGGUGGUUACGACAAUGAAAUAAACUUGAUCGAAAAAUUGAAAGAACAAUCAAAUAGUUUAAGUGAAAACACAAAGUUGUUGGAAAAACAAAGAGAAGACUUAAAGAUGUCAUAUGAGCAAUCUAUGAAUGAAGUACUAAAACUCAGCAAUGAAUUUGAACAAGUUAGUCAUGAAUAUGAAUACGUGAAACGCCUUGCUUCUAUUGUAGCUAAGACAAUGGGGAAUAAUGUGGAUCCUCAAUUACUUAUUAAACCCAAUAAGAUUAGUAUUGACAAAGCACUGAGAGAAGAUGCUUAUGAAAUGACGCAACCCAAAGGAGUAGCCAUGGUAAUACACAACGAAUGGUUCACAAAAUCACCCCGUGAAGAAAAACCAUCAAAAACCAAAGAUAAAAACAACAAACAACUCGAAUCGUUAUUCGUCCAACUUGGUUAUUACCUAAUCCAUCGCUCAAAUCUCUCAGCAGCGGGCAUGAGGCAGCAUAUGUCAGGGUUAUCGGACCAAUACCAUGGUUACCACGGCCGUCAUAACUCUCUCUUGGUAGCAGUUGUUGCGCAAUCCAACGAAAAAGGAAAGAUUAUCACCGAGGAUGGAGUAGUUUCUAUCCUAGACUUCAUGGAAUCAUUUGUAAGUUCUAGAUGUCCUGCUCUGAUGGGAAAACCGAAGAUUUUCCUCUUUUUUCUCCACGUAACAAACAGGGAUCCUGUUCUUCCCAUGGUAAGUGAUGUCCGGAGUUCAAAAAUGAAGCUGAAUGAUCAUAUCUUCCAACCGGAACCUCUUUCUGUUCCUGAAGACUUUGUAGUUGCAAGGAUCAUGUGUGAAGAGUUAAGUAUGCUGGAUGGAGGACCCACCUUUGGAGGAGUCACAGCAUCCAGUGAUGAUGGAGGACUCCCAUGGUUUGUUCAAUCCUUUAUGAAGAUGAUCUCUAACCAAGCAGGAUCAACUGAUCUUAUCAGUAUAUUGAGAAACGCAAAGAAACAGCUUCAGGAUCAAUCUUCUACCCCAAGAUCUACAGCUACAGCCUUUUCUGAGGCAUCAGUAAACUCACUACAGAGAAAACCCACUGGCAGGGAAGACCAUUUGAAUAUUUUUGUUGACGAAAAUUUGAAAAGGAAACUUUAUUUGAUGCCUGGAAUAUAAAGUAAUGAUGUGUGUUUAUUUCUGCACGUAUAAUGUUUUGCACUGGGUUUUACAUCACUUUUUAUUUAAAUAUUGGUCCAGUUUUUUUUUACUUUCACAUCACUUCAGUUUUAUGUUUACAUUGCUUCAGUUUUAUUUUCACAUCGAUUCAGUUAUAUUUUCACAUCAAUUCAGU